UUCAUCAAAAAACACAAAAAUCUCCCAUAUUCAAAAUCUCACUAUACAUUACACACCUAUAUAUAUAUAUACAUAAAUAUUUUGUUCAUAUAAUUAUUAAUAUAUAUCAUCAUGAUGUUGCAACACACCACUUCAUGUACUCUCAACAUGAUACCACCAAUACUAGACGAUGAAAAUUACCAAAAUACCCCUGACAACGAAGACUUCUUCUCCCGCCGUUGUAUUUGGGUAAACGGACCGGUCAUCGUCGGGGCCGGACCAUCCGGCCUCGCGGUGGCCGCCGGCCUCAAAAGACAAGGUGUCCCUUUUGUUGUCAUAGAGAGAGAAGAUUGCAUUGCCUCUCUAUGGCAAAAAAGGACAUACAAUCGCCUCAAACUCCAUCUCCCUAAGCAAUUUUGCCAACUUCCCAACUUUCCAUUCCCCGAAAAAUUCCCAGAAUACCCUUCAAAGUUUCAAUUCAUUGAGUACUUGGAAUCUUAUGCCAAACAUUUUGACAUAACUCCUCAAUUCAAUGAAACAGUCCAGUCCGCAAAGUACGACGAGACUUUCGGACUGUGGCGUGUUAAGACUACUACCGCGGGUAAUGACGCGGUAGUAGUCGAGUAUCUGUGCCGGUGGUUGGUUGUAGCCACCGGCGAGAAUGCCGAGAAAGUUGUGCCGGAAUUUGAUGGGUUGGAGGAGUUUUGUGGGGAUGUUAUGCAUGCUUGUGAUUAUAGAUCUGGAGAAGGGCAUAGAGGGAAGAGAGUUCUUGUUGUUGGUUGUGGAAAUUCUGGUAUGGAAGUUUCUCUUGAUCUUUGUAAUCACAAUGCUAAGCCUUCCAUGGUGGUUCGGAGCUCGGUUCAUGUGUUGCCAAGAGAGAUAGUUGGGAAGUCAACAUUCGAAUUAGCAGUUGUAUUAAUGAAAUGGUUCCCAGUUUGGGUUGUGGACAAGAUACUAUUGAUAAUAGCAAGAAUAAUUUUUGGUAACCUUGAAAAACAUGGGCUUAAAAGACCAGAAAUUGGACCAAUAGAAUUGAAAAACACACAAGGAAGGACCCCAGUACUUGACAUUGGAGCACUCAAGAAAAUAAGAUCAGGUCAAAUCAAAGUGGUCCCUGGAAUUAAGAACUUCUCUAAAACUAGUGUUCACCUUCUUGAUGGCACAAAUCUUGAGAUUGAUUCUGUUGUUUUGGCUACUGGAUAUAGAAGCAAUGUCCCUUCAUGGCUUAAGGAGAAUGAGUUUUUCUCAGAGGAUGGAAUCCCAAAGAAUCCAUUCCCAUUAGGAUGGAAAGGAAAAGGUGGACUAUAUGCAGUUGGGUUCACAAGAAGAGGAUUAUCUGGUGCAUCUUUGGAUGCCAUGAGUGUUUCACAUGACAUUGCUAAAAGCUGGAAAGAAGAGACUAAGCAGAAGAAGAAAUCUGUUGCAGCUAGGCAUAGAAGAUGUAUUUCACAUUUCUAAAUCUAAUUAUUAAAUACACAAAAAAAAAAAAAAAAAAAA